AUGCAUUUAAAACAUUUAAAAAUAUUUUGGUUGUUUAUCACCGCCUGUGUUCUAAUACAAAUUGUAACUGCCGAAGUAGAUGAUGUUAAACCGAAAUCGGAAAAACGUAUUAAAAGAAUUAAAAAACUAAAGACACCCAAAAAGCUAGUGGAGAGACCACAAGCCGAAGAGCCCAAAAGCCAACUAGCUGAAUUAGAUGAUUUAGAAAAUUACGAUUACAAUAAUUAUGAUGAAGACAAUGGCGCUGAUGUGGAGAACUUUGAGACACAUGAAGAAGUUGUUGUCACUACCACACCGCGUACACGUGCUACUGACAAUGUAAUUGCUGCCUUUUCGUGUCAUUUCGAGGGUAAUUGGUAUCGUGAAAAUGAUGAAUUCACCAGUGAACGUGAUGGCUGCCUGCAUAAUUGUGUGUGCUUUGAGGGUGAAGUGAUUUGUAGGGCGCCAGCCAAUUGUAAGCCAAAUGUUGAUAUUCAGCCGCCUGAAGAGCUUCCGGUAACCACUGCCAAACCUGUGCUGCCAACACCAACCCAACCUCAAACACCGGCUUAUAAUCCCUAUGAUGGCACCAUCAAUGGUCCCAGAGGUGAUCGCGGUUUUGGUGGUGCCCAUGGACCUGUUGGAGAACCUGGUUUUCCCGGUUCACCCGGUAAUCCUGGCAUUCCCGGCAACCCUGGUCCUCCCGGUCCUAUUCCUGAUAUGAGCUAUUAUCACCAACAAUUGGCCGCUGAGUAUGCCAAUACUGAUAAGGGUCCUACGGCUCCUUUGUAUGCUGCUCCUCAAUUUAUACAAGCUACAGCUGGACAACCUGGUCCUCGUGGUCCUCCCGGUAAUAUGGGUGCUUCUGGUCCUCAAGGUUUUCAGGGUAUUCGAGGUGAGGCAGGUGAACCUGGUUUGCAAGGUCCUCCUGGUCCAAUGGGUCCCCGUGGUAUGCCAGGUGCUCCUGGAAAAGAUGGCACGCCUGGUGAAGAUGGUGAAGCAGGUCCUCAAGGUUUAGCUGGAACUCCUGGUCCUCGCGGUAUGCCCGGUCUGCCCGGACAACCUGGUUUAAAGGGACAUCGUGGUUUCCCUGGUUUGGAUGGUUCGAAAGGUGAUCAAGGUGCUGCUGGUGAGAAAGGUUCCACAGGUGGUAUGGGUCCUGUAGGUCCUGUUGGUGCUACUGGUCCUGCCGGUCCUCGUGGUGAACGUGGUCGCGAAGGUGCUGCCGGUCAACCUGGUGCUAGAGGUUUGGACGGCAAUCCUGGUACUCCUGGUCAGGCUGGUGCUGUUGGCAAACCCGGAGCUCCUGGUUUCCCCGGUAUACCUGGUGCUAAAGGUGAUAUGGGUCACAUGGGCCCUAAAGGUGAUCAAGGUUUGCAAGGCCCUCGUGGUGAAGCUGGUCGUCCUGGUGCCACCGGUGAAAAUGGUUUGCCCGGACCUUCUGGUAAAGAUGGUAUGCCUGGUGAUAAAGGUUCGUUGGGUGCUCCUGGUAUGACUGGACCUCAAGGUUUUCCUGGUCCUCGCGGUCCCGAUGGUUUGCCCGGUAGUACCGGUGAGCCUGGUAUUAAAGGCGCUCCCGGACAGCCAGGUGAAAGAGGAUACAAAGGUGAUCAGGGUAUAAAAGGUGAAUCCGGCCAAUCUGGUCCACGCGGUCUACCAGGAACUGUAGGUCCUGAGGGUAAACGCGGUAAGCGUGGUAUGCGUGGUCCCACUGGUCCAGCUGGUCCUACAGGAGAACGCGGUUCCCCUGGCUUACCCGGUUUACCGGGUCCAGAUGGUCCUAUUGGCCCUAAAGGUACUCCCGGCGAUAGAGGUAUUCAAGGUCCUUUGGGAGACAAAGGCAGUCAGGGUGAUAUUGGCCCCUCUGGUGUACCUGGUCUACAAGGUUUGCGUGGUUUACCUGGCCGUGUAGGACCUGCUGGUCGUCAAGGUGCUCCUGGUGAACGUGGUAUUCCUGGUGCUGAUGGUAAACCGGGCGAACAAGGUACUCAAGGUCUUCAGGGUCUACCCGGUCCAAUGGGUAUGCCAGGUGAUAAAGGUAUUACGGGUGAACAUGGUAAAACUGGAGAACCUGGUGCCACAGGUCCUCCUGGUCCUCGCGGUGACAAUGGCAAAGAUGGUUUACCUGGUGCCCAGGGACCGCCUGGUCCUUCUGGUCAAGAUGGUGCUAGAGGUGAAGCAGGUCCUACCGGACCUAGAGGUUUCCAAGGUUUACCUGGUGUAGCGGGCAGUCACGGUGCUCCUGGAAAAGAUGGUGCUCAGGGACCACCAGGACCUCAAGGUCCUUUGGGGCCCGUGGGUUUAAGAGGAGAACGAGGCUAUCCCGGAGAAAGAGGAUCUAUAGGACAACCAGGCACACCCGGUGAACGAGGAGAGCCUGGAAAUCCAGGUCAUGAUGGACCACCGGGUGCUCCUGGUAAAAAUGGCGAUAAAGGUCACAUGGGUGCUCCUGGCAUGAUGGGUAUGCCCGGUCAUAAGGGUCUGCCUGGUCCGGCUGGUGUUAAAGGUGAACGCGGCAGUCUUGGUCAAAUGGGACCUGAAGGUCCUUCUGGUCGUCCUGGAGAUCGUGGCCCUCAAGGCAAUGUUGGUCCACCUGGAGGUCCUGGAGAAACUGGUGAAAGAGGCGAACCUGGUAAUCCAGGUACACCCGGUGAGCAAGGUGCAAAUGGUGUUCCUGGCGAUAGAGGUCCAAUUGGUCCUAGUGGUCCCCCUGGAUUCCCAGGAGCCCCUGGCUUAGCUGGUCUACCCGGUGCUAAAGGUGAUCGUGGUUUGAUGGGCAUUAAAGGUGAACAAGGUAAUACCGGUCCUCAUGGCGGUCCUGGAGAACAGGGUCUGCCCGGUCCUGUUGGCUUAACGGGACCCAAAGGUGCUCGUGGUGAAACCGGUCUAAGAGGAGAACCUGGCUUAAGUGGAUUACCUGGAAGACCCGGUGAUGCGGGUCCAGCAGGUCAACCAGGAAGUCAAGGAAUGCCUGGCAUUGCCGGCCAACCUGGUCUUAAAGGAAACCCAGGAGAAGCCGGUCGUCCUGGCAUGCCUGGAAAUCCCGGCUUACAAGGUCCUCCUGGCUCGGAAGGACAAAAAGGUGACACUGGUAAUGAUGGUCCUCCUGGUCCUAUGGGCAAUCAGGGACCACAAGGUCCUCAUGGAGACCGUGGUAUGCCUGGUCUACCCGGUCCACCAGGUGCUGCAGGCUUAAGAGGUUUGAGAGGUGCUCAAGGUGAACCCGGACAACAAGGAAAACAAGGAAAGGAAGGUGCUCCUGGACCUCAGGGUAUUGCUGGUCCAACAGGCAACCCUGGUCCCAUAGGAGAACAAGGCCCAGAAGGACCCCCAGGCAAAGCAGGUCCUCACGGUAUCGCAGGCCGCCCAGGUGAUAAAGGACCACCAGGUCAACAAGGCAACCAAGGUCCAGCAGGUAAUCCAGGUCAGCCCGGUCCUCCAGGACCUAUGGGUCCCUUAGGUCCCUAUGGAGAACGUGGUCCUAAAGGUGAAACUGGCCUACCAGGUGUAGAAGGUCCUAUGGGCUUAAGAGGCAAAGCUGGUCCACCCGGUCCCGAAGGAGUCAAGGGAGAAACUGGAGAAGCUGGUCCCAAGGGUAUUAAGGGUCACAGAGGCUUAAUAGGUUUACAAGGUAUGCCUGGUACCCCAGGUUUGAAGGGUGAUACAGGUCUUCCAGGAGUUCCAGGGGCGCCUGGUAAACCAGGUGAUAUGGGUAUGAGAGGUCCCCAAGGUAGAGAUGGCAAUCCAGGACCACCAGGCCAAUCUGGACAACCUGGUCCAAGAGGUUACAGCGGCAAUGAUGGCAAAUCAGGUCCCAUGGGUCCAGCUGGUCCUCCAGGUCCACCAGGUCCUCCCGGCGAAACCUUAGGCUAUGAUGUGGCAGCAUUGACAGCCUUGCUCAAUCAAGGCCAAACCAAGGGUGUCGAUGUUUUGGGCGAUCAACCCAUGCUCGAUCAAUUUGGCGAAGGUUUAUCCGAUGAAGAGAAACAUGCUUUGGUACUUAAGGCCUACGAACAUGUUAAGGCAUCAUUCAUACGCUUAACACGACCCAAUGGCCAGCAAUCAGCACCGGCCAAAACAUGCCGUGAUCUAUUUGCUGCCUAUCCCGAAUACAACUCUGGUGAAUAUUGGAUUGAUCCUAACGAAGCUGAUGCACGUGAUGCCAUUUUGGUGUAUUGCGAAAAGGAAAGACGAGCCACUUGCAUCAUGCCACAGCCCAAAGAAUCUAAGGUGAUCAGCUAUCAAGGAGACGAACAAGAAGUUUGGUUGGGUGAAAUGUCAGAAGGUAUGAAAAUCCACUAUAAAACUGAUUCCUAUCAAAUGGGCUUCCUGCAGUUAAUGUCGGCCAAGGCCACACAACAAAUAACAUUCCAUUGCAAAAACACCGUGGCCUACAGAGAUGAUGAUAAGAAUUCUUCAAGAGCUGGCUUAAAAUUGUUGUCAUGGAAUGAUGCUGAAUUAACGCCCAAUGGUCCACAACGUUUGAGAUAUGAAGCAGAAGUUGAUGGCUGCCGGAAACGUUCCAACAACUGGGAUAAAACCAUUAUCACCUAUACCACCGACAAAUCCCAAAGAUUACCCAUUGUCGAUAUAGCGGUACGUGAUGUAGGCGACUUAAAUCAACAAUUCCGCAUUGAAUUGGGACCAGCUUGUUUCUAUUAGAGGCUUUUCGUUUUAAACAAAAUACUUAAUUAUAUUUUAAUUGAAUUAGUUUUUAAGCAGGUUAAAUACCAAAUGUUUUCA